AUGUCUGUACACCUGAAAAAAGCUGCCUUCUUGGCGGCCCUUUCUUUGUUUUUACUUUUUAAUUUUUUUCUUUUUUCUCCCGCAGCAACUUUGCUGCUGCGCGCAGCAAAGCUGGACUCUGCGCUGAGUCCCAGCAGCUUCGUGCAGAGGUCCAGGCUGGGGCUCAAGAAGAAGCGCAGGCCAAAGCAGCAGCAGCAGCAGCAGCAGCAGCAGCAGCAGCAGCAGCAGCUGCAGCUGCCGCUGCACCUCCCCUACUCAGAAAUGGCCGAAGCAGAUCUCCUGCGGCCCAGUGCAGAGUCGGGGGACUCUAGCUGGGAGGAAGAAGACACAGAGGGCCCCCAAGACCCAGCAGCAGCAGCAGCAGCAGCAGCAGCAGCAGCAGCAGCAGGACCCGCCUCAGCUCCUGCUGCAGUCGGCAGAAGGAGGGUCACCUUGGGGGAUGUCCUCGGCAGCAGCAGCAGCAGACGCCCCCGGCGGCCUCCCCGAAGAGUUCCUUCAGUGAAAUAUGAAAGAGUAAGGAGAGAAAUAGAAGGUAGAAAAGAGAUGCAGCAGCAAGCAGCAGCAGCAGCAGCAGCAGCAGCAGCAGCAGAAGCGGGGGCCCCCGAGGCGCCCCGCAUGCCCACUAUUCCCCUGCCCCCCAUUCCCCCAGCAGCAGCAGCAGCAGCAGCAGCAGCAGCAGAAGGAGAUGAUGAGCAUUUGUAUGAAGAGAUAGAUAUUGGGGGGCCGCACUCGGCGCCGAGCAGCAGCAGCAGCAGCAGCAGGAGCAGCAGCAGAAGGAGCAGCAGCAGGAGAAGCAGCAGCAGGAGAAGCAGCAGCAAAUCCCGCAAAAAGCUCCCCUCUUUGCUGCGGCAGCAGCUAGAAACCCCACAGUCCAGAAAGAGUGCAGAAUUGACAGAGUGGGAAGAUGAAGUUUCAACUCUUAUUUCGGGAUCGGGAUCGGGAUCGAAGUCGAUCCCGGGAUCGGGAUCGGGAUCGGGAGUUGUGGGGAGGGAGCAGCAGGAAGAAGGGGACGACGAGCCGAUUUUCGGGUCCUAUAUGCGCCGGGGGGCCGGCAGGCAGCAGCAGCAGCAGCAGCAGCAGCAGCAGCAGCUGCAGCAGCAGCAGCAGCAGCAGCUGCUGCCGCCGCAGCCAACACCCCGCCGUUUCGGCCCUAGGAAAACUCUCCAUGGGGCCCCCGGCUGGAGACCAACUCCAAAACCCCGGAAGCUUCUGAAGGCUGCUGUGAGUCACUCGCCAGCUUCUGCUGCUGCUGCUGCUGCUGCUGCUGCAGCAGCAGCAGCAGAAGGCAAGGGCGCAGCAGCCACACCCAAGAGACCACCUACACCCCCCAGAAGGAUGGGGCUUGAAGACCAGCUGCGGCAGCUGCAGCUGCAGGAGGGAGAGCAGCAGCAGCAGCAGCAGCAAGAGGAAGAGCAGCAGCAGCAGCAGCUAGAAGAGCAGCAGCAGCAGCAGCAGCAGCAGCAGGCUGCAGCAGCAGCAACAGAUGACGAAGAUGAGGGGCCCCCCGACUUCAUUCCCCCACCGCCGCCAUUCAAAAGGCCGGAUCCCACAGAGUAG